UGAAUAUAUUACUUGGAACAUUAUGUUUGAGAUGAAAACUGAUUUGAAUUUACUACUUGAAUGCCUUAAAUAUCAAAUGGACCGCCCCUCUUCUCAAAAGGAAGCCUUAGUUGCUAUUUAUUCAGUUUGUCAACAAAACAGUUUUGCAAGUGAUUAUUUUCAAGAAAUAGGUGGUCUGAUGUUUGUAUAUAACCUUGCAAAGUCAAGUGUGAACAGUAUGGUCAAGGAAGGUGCUUUAUUUACAUUAGGAGGUUUGGCUGAGAAUAAUGUGUUCUGCCAACAAAUGUUAUGCACUUGUGGACUAUUUGAAGACCUCCAUAUAUUUUUAACUGAUACGGAUUCCAGCGUGAAUUUGAAAAGAAUGUCUGUUUAUAUCUUACUAGUUCUGGUUUCAAAUAACAAGAGUGGACAGAUAUAUGUGAGAGAAUAUGGUUGCCUUGAUGUUCUGCUGCAGUUAUUCAGAACAAUUCCUUCUACAUCCAAGGUAGACCUUUUGGAUCAAAAUGAUAAUCAGUAUCAUCUGUGGUCUUCAGUUUGCAGUGCUCUCUGUGCAUGUGUCAAUAAUCCACAGAAUGAGGAUAAUCAGAAAACAUGCAGUUUGGUUUUUCCACAUGCAAAAGUCUUGCUACAAAGUUGUAUAAAACCUGAGAUAGUUCGCCCAAUAUGUUCAUUCAUUGGACUCACUGUUGCAAAUAAUUCAAGUAUACAGCAUUUUUUUUAUUCCAUUGGUGGAUUGGCUGUUUUGGAUGAGCUUCUUGUUAAAUUGAUAGACAAUUCAUCUGGAAAUUUUUCAAGCACAAAACUUGCAGUUGUGGUGACAAAAACCUUGGAUGCCUGUAUUGCUGAUAACUCUGCAAUUGCAGUUAGCUUGUCCAAAUAUAAUAUUGUACCAAAUCUACUGAGACUGCUUUCCUGUAACAUUUUGGAUACAGAAGAACAGUUUAGCAUUAUACUUACGCUUGGACAUUGUACAGAAGGAUGUGAGGAAAAUCAGUAUACUCUGGUUAAGGACAAGGGCCUUCCAAUUAUGAUCCAAGCACUAACAGAAUCACAGGAUGAAGAACUUCACAAGGCUGUUACCUUUGUGCUGCAAAACUGUAAACAGAUUAUCACUGAAAAGUCAUUGAAACUAAAUGAAAAGUCAUUAAAACUGAAUGAUGGAGGACAGUUGGAGGUGGAUCAGUGGAGCAAAGAGAUAAUCCUUGAAGACUACUGGAACAAAGCAAAAGAAAUUUUAUACAGAAUAACAGACCUUGAAAAUGAUCAUCAUGAGGGGCAAGUGAGAAGACAAAUACUAGAUGAGGAUAUUUCCCAGGAGGAGAUUCUACAGACUACGUCAAACCAUCCUCAAGCAUGCACAAGCAAGCAAACCAGCAAUAAUGGCAUGACAUAUAGAAAAAUGAAACAGCUACUACCAAAUUCUAUGUCCGAUAAGUUGAUCAUUUCUGAAUUUGUAAAUGGUUUCUCCAAGAAUAAACAAUUAAAUCCUGCCAAGAAUCUAACAGAUGCUUCAGACAGUCAACGUGAACACAGCUUUUUUCAUUCAGCUGAUAAAACGAGAACAGACCACAUAAAUCAAGUCCAUAUUAGAAAUAAAAGCUCUAUUUGUGGUUCUAGUAAAUCUGAUGUUCAAACCAGUGAAUUCUUGUUUAAGCAACCAGAUUUUGUGAUUAAAAGCACAAUUCGUGAGCUACAAGAUGCAGAGUUCCUGUGUUCAAGCAUAAAAAGCAAGGAGAUGCCUCAUACUUUGAGUACUUCUACAGAGCCUAAACUAUCAGAGUUAAGAUGCUCAGGUUGUAAAACAAUAGGACUUUCUUUAAACAGCCGAAAUAUUAGCAAGAUUUUGCAGUCUUGUCAGUAUCUAUGUGACCAACACAGAGUUAUUCUAGAAAGUGAAAUGAAAUAUAAAAGGAAGCUAAAAAGCUCAAACAUCUCUAACAGGAAUACUCUUCCAGAUUAUAAUGCAUAUCGUCAGUCAAAAUGGAAUGGAUACCCAAAGCAACACCACCUUAAAGUUCAGGAACUGAGUGACAAUCUUAUUCAUUCAUUUGAAGAUGAGAAUUCUGAAAUUCAUCAGUCAGAUAUUCCUGUGACAGUUUUAAAAAAACGACGGAGAAUCAGGAAAGAUUUUACAUCAGAAGAAAUAAGGUAUCUUUUGGAUGGUGUUAAGAAAAUGGGCCAUCACUGGAAUUCAAUUUUAUGGGCUUAUCCAUUUCAGAAGGGGCGAACAAAUGUAGAUCUUGCCAAGAAAUACAGCAAAUUACAGAAGAAAGAACAAAAAGUAUGACAUCAAUGAAACUGGAUGAAAAUCAAUGAAAUUUUGUUCAAAAUGUAUAGUGCCAGUAUUAUCUAAACAGAAUACUUUUCUUCUGAAGAUUUUAUGUGCCAUAAGUUCCUUCAAUCAGCAACAUUUCGAGUGGUAUUUUCACAGUGCUAUUACAAAUUUUAAUAACAGUAGUAGUAUACUUUUCUUUAAGAAAGUUAACAAGAUGGUAUUUGCUUUAACUUCCGUUGUUUUGACUUUCUUUUGGAUGAAACCAUUGGAAAAAUAAAAAUAUUAUGCAAGAGGAUGAACAAAUGUUCCUGCUCAAAUGUAUUGUAUUUUAAAUAUGCAGUAUGUGCUGUAUAUUCAUCCAACAAAGCAUGUAAGUUAUAA